GAAAGAUUGUACAUCAAGAGCUCAUAUUAAAUAAGUGUCCUUUUUUCAGAUGCUGGGCUGGUUGAUUGUCUGUAUUGCCGCGGUUAUGGGAUUGAUCAGCACCUGUUACAAUAACUGCAGGUCUCAAGUGAGCUACCUCCAACUCAGUUUCUGGAGGAAGUACACUGAGAAGGAAAAGGAGCAAUUUGACUACUACGUUACAGAGCAUGCUACAAAACUGGCAGACAGAAAUCUGAAGAGCUUCUUUGAAAACACGGAACCAGAGGCCUUUCCUUUCCCCAGUCACAGCUCCUGGGAAGAGAUUUCCUCCUUGUACACCUUCUGUAAGAGCGAGCAAUAUUACAGCACCCUGCAGAGGAAUGUGGAGAAAGGACACAAGGACAAAGAUGAUGAAAUGAAGAGUGCACUGGAUUUUGUUGAUGGAGUAGAAAUUAUGUGAUCGAGAAAUGUAUUAAAACGUCAGACAGUCUGCCAGUGGAAGCCUGUUUUGCUUCACUUGAAU